AUGUCUGCCGCCGCCAAGCCCACCGCCAAGAAGGCCGCCACCAAGAAGGCCGCUGCCUCCAGCGUCUCCUACGAGGCCAUGAUCAAGGAGGCCAUCCUUGCCCACCCCGCCGAGUCCCGUGGCGGUAUCGGCCGUGCUACCAUCAAGAAGUACAUCCAGUCUCACCACCCCGAGACCGCCAAGGGCUCCGAGGCCAGCUUCAACACCCGCGUCAACCAGGCCAUCACCCGUGGUGCCGAGAAGAAGGCGUUCGUCCUCCCCAAGGGCCCCUCCGGCAAGGUCAAGCUUGCCCCCAAGGCUAAGGUCGAGAAGAAGCCCGCUGCGGCCAAGAAGCCUGCUGCCGCCAAGAAGGUCGCCGCCAAGAAGCCCGCUGCCAAGAAGCCCGCUGCUAAGAAGACCGCUGCCAAGAAGCCCGCCGCCAAGAAGGUUGCCUCGUCAACGGCCACCAAGGCCAAGAAGCCUGCUGCCAAGAAGGCCUCUAAGCCUGCCGCCAAGAAGGCCGCUGCCAAGAAGGCAUAA